UGUUAUUCACACACUCACAUUCGCUCUCCUCUCUCUCACUUUCACACACAAAACACACACCGGAAUUGCACUGUCAUUUCAGGUCACAGCCUAAAAAACAACGGUACUCAGUCGCCCACCACCUCGCACGUUGCCCAAAAUCAAAUCCAAUUAUGUCGCCUCCGCCCCAGUCCCCUAUGCACUGCCGCCGUUGUUAAACUCGAAUACAAAAACAAACAAAAAAGAAUAUUUUCCUCAAUUUCCCAGCUCACUCUUCACGCCCCUUAAAACCCAUAUUUUUAUUCGCCUUCCGUUGACAGAUUAAUUUGCAAUUUACAGCAACUGGGCACCCAGCUAGGACCAAGUAAAACGAUAAACCGGAUGAAAAAUCAACUGGGUUGAGGUUUUUUUUGGGUUCGUUUCAAUAUGUCAAAGGAGGAUAAUAUAGUUACGACGACGUUUCGCACUCUGGUGGAGACUGCUGAACGGAAAUUCGCGCGUGUACGUGACGUGCCGCUGCAUCCGUACGGCGGGGGAAGCAGCCAGCAAAAUGGGCACUUCUUCCAUAAGGUAUUCAAGGCUUACAUGCGGCUCUGGAAGUAUCAGCAGGAGAAUAGGGCUAAAUUGGUUAAUUCGGGCCUGCAGCGCUGGGAAAUUGGGGAGAUCGCAUCCCGAAUUGGCCAGCUUUAUUUUAACCAGUACUUGAGGACUAGUGAAGCCCGUUUCCUGCUCGAAGCGUAUAUAUUUUACGAAGCUAUAAUUAAAAGGAAUUAUUUUGAAGGUUCGAGUGAGGAUCGUGGGGUUAGAUUCAAGGAGUUGAGGUUUUACGCGAGGUUUUUGAUGGUUUCGUUGAUUUUGAACCGUGCGGAGACGGUGAAGUUGCUUGUCGAAAAGUUUAAGGAUCUGGUCGAGGAUAGUAAGGCCAAAUUUCGGGGUACCAACUUCAAAGAAUGGAGGCUGGUGGUGCAAGAAAUUUUUCGAUUUACAAAAGCUGAUACAGCCACAGCGCAUGUUAGGCCUUUACGUUAUUGUGCCAUGUUUGAUUCACAUCCAACCUCACUCCCUUAUGUUUCCAAAUUCCAUGCCAAGAGACUUCUAAAGUUCCAAGAUGCAGUUCUGACAAGCUAUCACAAAAAUGAGGUCAAAUUCGCAGAAUUGACUUUAGACACUUUCAGAAUGCUGCAAUGUUUGGAAUGGGAACCUAGUGGAUCUUUCUAUCAGAAACAGUCCGUUGAAUUAGCAGAAGCACGUACUCACACUGAUCAUUCUGUUACUUCUGGAUUGAUCGAUAUAAAUUUAGUGGCAGGCAUGACGGAUCCAAAUUUGCCUCCAAAUCCUAAAAAGGCUGUUCUCUAUCGUCCAUCUGUGACACAGUUAUUGGCCGUGAUUGCUACCGUUUGUGAGGAACUUCCUACAGAGAGUGUUAUAUUAAUAUACCUAUCUGCUGCAGGGAAUUCUGGUCGUGUUAGUACUUCGGAAAUUGAAAGCUCUGGAGUAUCAAGAAAGUUUUCUAAGCCCAAUGCUAAAUCCCUCAAUCAUCACGAACAGAACAAAUGUCAGUGUGAAAAUCAUGUUACUCCUAAGGGAAACUUAAGUCAAUAUUUUGAGGAGUAUUUGUGGUUAGGUCCAUGCAGAAAUGGAGGUUCAAAUACAUUCUACCCGUGUGAUAUAAUUCCUUUCACGAGAAGACCUCUUUUUUUGAUAAUAGAUAGCGAUAAUAGUCAUGGAUUCAAGAUUCUACAUGGAGCUGAAAGAGGUGAACCUGCUGCAUUAUUUCUUUCUCCUACAAAGCCUUCAUUCAAGAACCGGAGUGAGAACGAUAUGGCACGAAAUGGAAGUCAGUUCACAUUUUUCUUAACCGCUCCUUUACAAGCUUUCUGCCAAUUGGUUGAUUACAACUUUUCUAGUGAUGGUGCGGACAUGUACAAAGAUGCGCAGGGUGUUAUCUCAGCCGCCUUCACUGAAUGGGAGGUGAUACUCUGUACUUCAACUAGUCUGGAUCUGGUGUGGGCCCAACUUCUGUCAGAUCCAUUUCUUCGGCGGCUUAUUCUUAGAUUCAUUUUCUGCCGUGCCGUGCUUGCUUUAUUUUGCUUACGAGAAAGUGGCGAUCAGUAUUUGCCUGUGUGUGUACCUGAACUUCCUGACUCAGUGGCUUCCUUCUCCAAAGCCGUGCAACCUUCCAUCAAACGACUUGCAAAUCACCUUAAAGUUGCAGAAUGUUUCAACUUUCAUGAUGACUAGUAGAAAAGUACCGAUAUUGUUGAGUUAUGUUGCUGGUUUGAUGGUAAUUAUAGGUUUCGAGAUCAUUACCUAAGUGGACAAAAAGAUUUAUGAUAGCAGUUGGUUAUCAGAGGGCGAUACAGGGAAAUUUUAGCAAUAAUUGAAUUUGGUUUUUCGAGCCCUUCUCAUUACACAGUCUCUUCAAUUCUUGUGCAAAAUUCGUUUUCUUUGUGGAUAUUUUCUUCUCGGUGGGACGAUGUUGAAGCUCGGUUUUUGUUGCUCUGUGCCCUUUGCAGUUAGGUUAAUUGGUUUACAGUUUACUCAUUCUGGUUCUUGUAGUUGUUUCAAAUCUUUUUUGGGUCCUUUGUAAUAUAAAAUAAAAUCAGGUAGCUGAAUGAAACUUUUCCUUUUUUUA